GCAAGGGUCGGGCACCCUUUGCGGGGCAUUUGAUCGAGCAAACGACGACCGAUCUUGAAUCUGAAAGGAACCAUUCGACAGUCAAAACUAUGUACACAGUUAGUAGUCCAGAUGCUGGUGUCCAGCAAGGCAGCAACGUCUCAGGAGUCAUGCAUGACAACCAACCAAGCAGAUAAUUAUAUCUUCACCGCCGCCGGUGCCUUUGGUUCUAGAUUGGGUGCCUUGGCCUCGACCGUCUGCAAGAGACAAAACGGCCGGCCGGAGGAAUUCUUCGAUCAGGGACUGACCACUGACGCUGAUUGCAGGCAGUAUAAAGAACAACCUUGCUCGGCUAUUACCUCCACAGACCACAGCUCCACACGACAAAUGAAGCCCUUAGGCACAUCGCCCUCUUCUGGCCUGCACCUUGCUCCAUUGCUAAUUGUCCUAUUGAUGCACCGGCCGCAUCUGCUUGUAGUCGUAGCGGACAACCUCACGGCCGGAUCGUCUCUCAGGCCCCCUCAGUACAUCACCUGCCCCUCCGGUGACUUCGCCUUCGGCUUCCGUGCCCUCGACUAUGACCCCAGUCACUUCCUCCUCGCCGUCUGGUUCAACCUCAACCUUGACCUGGCAGCCGACCCCAGGCAGAAGAAGGUGGUGUGGUACGCGAAAGACCCGAUCUCAGACUCGGCAAUCAUGGCCACGGGGCAGGCCGUGUUCAGCAUCACCCCCCAUGGUGAGCUCUUGCUCACAGACUCCACCACCGGCGGCAACAUCUGGACGAACCCGAGCCCUGGCCAGUCUGGGAACGUCCUGACGCUACAGGACUCGGGCAACCUCCAGUUCAUCGCCAUCGGGGGGAGCGCCGUCGUCUGGGAGACCUUUGGGCACCCGACCGACACGCUCCUCCCGGGUCAGACAAUGGCCUCCGGAGCAAAACUUCAGUCUAAGCAAUCGGACACGGACUUCUCCGCUGGCCGCUUCAGCUUGUAUGUGCAGGCUGACGGCAAUAUCGUCUUGUACCUCAUGAACCUCGCCGGUGACAACAUGGACUCGUACAAUUCAUACUGGCGCACCGGCACCGACCAGCCCGGGCAAACCCAGGACGGCAACACCACCCUUUUCUUCGACUCGCCGGGUCACCUCCACUACCAGAUCAAGGAUGGCACGAUGCACGAUCUGACACCUCCCGUGCCGAACUCCGCCGUUAGUUACUACCAGCAUGCAACGCUUGAUCCGGAUGGCAUUGUUCGUGUCUACAUCCAGCAGAAGAAUGCCACCGGAAGGCGCAACGUGCCAUGGACGAUCUUUGGGCUGUUCCCAAGCAAUGGUUGCAACAGCAGCACUACAGGCUGGGAAGGAAUGUGCGGCCCCAACUCGUACUGUGUUUAUGGUCCUAACAACAAGCUCGAUUGUGAGUGCCCAAGUGGUUACUCCUUCAUCGAUCCUAGGCUCAAGUACAGAGGCUGCACACCAGUGUUCGUGCCACAGAGCUGCGAUGGGAAGAACCGGCCCUCCGAAUUCAGUCUUGUUAAAUUGCCAAACACCACUUGGUCGCUGUCAUCAUACAGAGGGUAUUCGUACACCACAGAGGAGCAGUGCGACAACUCAUGCUUGCGAGACUGCUUCUGCACCGCCACUCUGUUCGAUGGAAAAGUUUGUCACAAAAUGGCAUUAUUGGCGGGCGCAGGAUGGCAGGAGGGAAGCCUCAACAUGAAGGCAUCGAUCAAGGUGCGGACAAGCAGCCUCCCGAUGCCGACAUCACCGAGAAGACCAUUGCCUUAUUUACUGCUGAUUUGCUCGGUGCUAUUGAUGCUGGCUGCAGCAAGUAGUCUCAUGCUACAGUGUUGCCUUCGGAAGAAGAACACUAACCAUGAUUUCCUGAGGGUUUUCACCGGGAAGGAGCUUUACAAAGCCACCAAUGGCUUUCACAAGUUGUUGGGCAAAGGAGGCUUUGGAGAGGUCUACCAUGGGGUGAUAAUGUCGCCACACACCUCUGAUGUAGCAGUGAAGAAGCUCAUCAACUCCAACGAGUACAGCGAGAGGGAGUUCGCGAAUGAGGUGCAGUCCAUCGGCAGGAUUCAUCAUCGGAAUCUAGUCCGCAUGGUUGGUUACUGCAAGGAGCGGGAGCAAAGGAUGCUUGUGUUCGAGUUCAUGCCAGGUGGCUCCCUUCGAAGCUUCCUCUUCCAGCCUCAACGGCCGUUGUGGACAUGGCGUGUAGAGGCAGCAAUUGGGAUUGCCAAAGGGCUAGAGUAUUUACAUGAAGGCUGUGAUUAUCCGAUCAUUCAUUGCGACAUCAAGCCCGACAAUAUACUUCUAGAUGGCAAGAGCAAUCCAAAGAUAACUGACUUUGGGAUCGCCGAGCUUCUCAACAACCAGCAGAUGCACACCACAGUGACCAAUAUCAGAGGUACAAGGGGCUAUAUUGCCCCUGAGUGGUUCCAAAAUGAUAGGCGCAUCGAUACCAAAGUUGAUGUUUACAGCUUCGGUGUUGUGCUACUGGAGAUGAUAUGCUGCCGGAAGUGCCAGGAUCCGGUGACCGGGCAGGAUGGUGAUGACUCGGUCACGCUAUUCUGGUGGGCCGGUCAGUUGGUCUGUCAUGGAAGGAUUGAGGUGUUGUUGCAUGGUGACGACGACGCCAUGGAGGACUUGGUCAGAGUGGAGAGAUUCUCGCGUGUGGCGUUCUGGUGCAUUGAGCCGAAUCCUUUGCUGCGACCAACAAUGCACCAGGUUGUGCAGAUGUUGGAGGGUGUGGUUGAGGUCGGCCUCCUACCUGAUCCUCCAAGCUCCACAGAUUCACCACCCUUAAUCUCUUCAGUUGACCGGAGUGCUUCGCUGUCAAGUGAUACUCCUCUUACUCCUCUUCAGGUGGAGUGAUUCAUCUUGUAGUAUCUAGCACGCUCACCUUUGCUAAGUCUCAUAUGCUACAGAGUUGAAAUAAGUUUCUUUUAUUCUUUCCAUUGCUCAACACGCCACGUUAAUUG